GUUUGAGUUUCACAAGCUUUUACAGCAAGAUGAAGUUGGGUAAGGUUUAUUGUGGCACAAUUAUGAAGCCUUGUCUGGAGUAAAACAAAACGGGCUAUUUUCUAUGUUAUUUAUAUAUAGCAGUGUGGCAGCGAGGACAUCAUCGGGACCAGUGGAUACGGAGAUCGGGAGUUCGAUUCCAAGUAGCGGCAAGUACUUUAAUUAUUCAAUUUUAAAAGUGAUAAUUCCAGUUCCACAUGUAUUGCGUCACGGUAUCCAUAACCUAAUUAUAUUUAAUCGUUUAAUUUGGGGAUGCCGUAAAACUAUAAUUUAACAACUGCGAAAAGGCUGAAAAAACGCAUUCUCAAGAUGUUAUUCAGUUAGUGGUUACAUAGGAGCCGAGAAAAGAGCUAUGACUAGGUGGCAUAGAAGCUGAUCGCACAGCAUGUACAAGCUGAUUAAGUUCGCCAGAUUCAUUGGUAUAGGGCUUGCAUAGAAGCUUCCGUCCAUAUGUACAACACAGUAACUCAGCAUUAAGCCGUAUUAAGGACGCUUUGUUGACGUUUACAUUCACAAUAAAUGUUAGUUGGUAAGUUAAAGUUACUGAGUUUAGUUGCGCCAACUUUUCGAUUAUUAAAGAUAACAUCUGGAUUAAGCAUGAUGCACAAGAACUAAAAGAGGAAGGUAUUGUUAUAUACUCGUUUCAUGACCCUUUCGAUUUAGAGUGCAACUCUAGAAUGAUUAAUGAUUUAUCUGUCAUCUGUCAUGUUUCGUGGGGUUUGAGAAUAACAAGAAUAAGAACAGUUCAAAUAGAUUCGUGCAGUUAGGUUUGAUGUUGAGUAGAGGAAAUAAACUAGCUCUCUUGGAUUGCUACCGUGAACCUGUAAAGAAGUGGUUUUAUUAAAUAUUGGAGAAUAUAAUAGUGGACGACGAGGUGAAAAGUAGUUCGCGUGUGAAGUUAGAAAGUGUUGCAAUUUUUGGCCGAAGUUGGCAAAUCUAGUCCGGACGGCAGCGGAGAAUCUGGAGAGUUCUGUUUUGCGUCGGAUUGAAGCCGGUCGAAAGCGACGCUAUACUCGGUUGGUUGAAAGCGCUGGUGUUGAGGUGACAUUGCCAUCCUCCCAGGUCGAUCCGCUCCCUGGUUGAGUGCCAACGCUGAGGUUCCAGAAGAUUUAGUGAAGUGAUUAUCCUGCAAGCGUCCCAGGUCGAUCCGCUCCCUGGUUGAGUGCCAACGCUGAUGUUCCAGAAGAUUUAGUGAAGUGUUUAUCCUGCAAGCGUCCCAGGUUGAUCCGCUCCCUGGUUGAGUGCUGACGCUGAUAUUACAGAAGAUUCGAAGUAGUGAUUACCCCGCUUGCUUCCCAGGUCGAUCCGCUCCCUGGUUGAAUUCCGUUCGAGAUCAUCCUGCAGUUCAUCCGGUUGGACUGGUCUUUGGCUGAGAUCGAUUGGACCACUAAUUGGCAGGCGUUAUCUGCAGCGUCGACUGGUAUACAUCCUUUGGUGUUCCGGAAUCCCAGGAAUUGAGCGAAGACGCCAUGGGACUAAUUGGUUCAAUUGAUCCAUAUGUCCAAGGCACUUCUUUUUCGCAUUAUGUGGAACAAAUGGAAUUCAUUUUUUCGAGUAACGAUAUAGUAGAGGGCAAGAAAAAGGAUAUAUUUCUGAGUUUGUGUGGUGUAACGGUCUUUCAGGAACUAAAACGACUUUAUCCUGCAACGGAUUUAAAAACGGUUUCUUACGCGGAUAUAAUUAAAAAACUGAAAGAGCGAUAUGACAAAGUGGAAUCGGAUAUAGUGAUGCGGUAUAAAUUCAGGUGUAGGGUUCAAGGACCAAAUGAGACGAAUGAAAACUUUUUGUUAGAUGUUAAAUUAUUAGCAGAAACGUGUGAUUUCGGGGAAUUCAGAGAUUCGGCAAUAAGGGACCAAUUAGUGUAUGGAGUUUAUGAUAAAGAUUUGCAGCAGAAACUUUUAGAUGAAGAGAAAUUAACUUUGAAAAUAGCAGAGAGAAUUUUGAAGACUAAAGAAGUUGCGGCAAAAAGCUCACAGGCGAUAAAUAGAAGCAGUGGUGUUCAUUCAGUAUCGGUAAGGCAAAGAUUAGGAUGGAAGGAUUCGACCGAUAAUAGAAGGGUUUAUGGAGGAAGAGAUGGAGAAAGAAAAGGAAGAGAACGGUCCAGAUACGACGAUAGGCGGUCUACAUAUCAUCAUGGGAGUUACAGAUCUAGGUCACGAUCACAGACAAAAGGACGAUACUCAAAUUUUAUUUGUCAUUAUUGCAACGCAAGAGGUCAUAUUCAGAAAAAUUGUUAUAAAUUUUUAAAUCAACAAAAGCAUGCAGUUCAAUUCGUAGGUGAAACUUCUAGCGUGGAGGAUCCCCAUGAGUAUUUUAAGAGAUUGAGGAAGGAUUACGAUAGCGACGCAGACUCAGAUCGCCAUCGGAGCCCAUCUCCUAACGGCCCACAGGGGGCAGAUAAAGCUCACAAAAACGAAUGAACCAAGGCGAAAUGUUUCGCUUCAUGUUGGAGGAAGGAAGAGAGCACCGAAGAGGAAGUUUGUUCAUUCGGAGGAUGAGGAACCGUUUUGUGGAUUCGACGAGCCUAUUGGACCGCCACCCUCGAGAUCGGAAUUACAUCCGGGAGCACUGCUAGCGUUUUCCGGACGUGCUUCGCCAAGCAUCUCUAAAUCACCUGCCACACUACGACGAUCCAACAGGAAGAAGCAAAAAUCACAGCAUGAUGAAUUCAUAUAUUAUUAAGAGAUAUAUUCUGAAUUACUCAAAGUAUGUAUUUUGAAGUGAAAGUGAUAAUAGCAAAAUAAGUUAAAGUUACUGAGUUUAGUUGCGCCAACUUUUCGAUUAUUAAAGAUAACAUCUGGAUUAAGCAUGAUGCACAAGAACUAAAAGAGGAAGGUAUUGUUAUAUACUCGUUUCAUGACCCUUUCGAUUUAGAGUGCAACUCUAGAAUGAUUAAUGAUUUAUCUGUCAUCUGUCAUGUUUCGUGGGGUUUGAGAAUAACAAGAAUAAGAACAGUUCAAAUAGAUUCGUGCAGUUAGGUUUGAUGUUGAGUAGAGGAAAUAAACUAGCUCUCUUGGAUUGCUACCGUGAACCUGUAAAGAAGUGGUUUUAUUAAAUAUUGGAGAAUAUAAUAGUUGGGUGAUCUACGUCAUGAUAAGUGCAACUCGUUUGAUUGCUGAAUAUGCUCUGUACACUCAGCGAAAAAAACUAGCGAAAUUCAUCGAAAUACCUUAUGAAAAUUUGCUAUAACUAAUUCUUAUGGAUGGCAUAAGAAUACCUUAUGAAAAUUGAUCGUGCUUGCUAUGACAAAUUUCAUAAGAUAGACUUAUGAAAAUAACAAAAAAUUCUCAAAAGGAUGCAGACUGGAUUCGAUCCAUGAACGUCGGGAUCACCGAGCCCGAGUUUUAUCCACACGGCUACCGACGCUUGAGAAUACCAUGUUGCUCAACAUGAAUAAAAGCCAAGCUGUGAGACGAUUUUACGUCAUUUAAAGGCCGUUUCAUAAGUUGGGCCUUAUGGAAAUCUUAAGGUUAUUUGGCUGAGUGUAGUCCUCCUCCUCCCUUCUUCUUAGCGUAACGUUCCAACUGGGACUAAACCUUAUCAGCUGAGUGUUCUAUGAGCUUUUUCACAGUUAUUAACUGAGAUCUUUCUCUGCCAAUGACCAGUUUGCAUGCGUGUAUCGUGUGGCAGACACGAAGAUACUCUAUUGUCAAGGAAGUUGAGGAAAUUUCCAUAACGACAAAAUUCUGGACCGAUCGGGAACAUGAUCAUGCUGAAUACCCAUCCCUUUACAGCUGUGGCUAGGAACCAUGAGCCAUUUUACGAAGUGACAACAAUGUUGAUGAUUAGGGUCUUGUACCAUUUGGACAGGUGUACCUAUUUUGGGCACUUGCCACUAUAACUAAGUCAAUUCCAAACCGAUUGAUCUGAAUUUUUGUAUAGAGUUAGACAUUAUACGAGCCUAACUCUAUACUAAAAUUCAAUUCAACCGGUUUGAAAUUGACUUAGUUAUAGCGACAAAUGCCCAAAGUAGGUACACCUGCCCAAAUGGUACAAGAGCCUAUAUUGAUUCAAAAUUCAUUCAUGAAAUCGGCUCGUAAAAUGGACUAUUGCAGUGUCAGAGCCAAAUUUAUACUUUAUUGACGUAGGAUUACGUCUUUAAUUUUGUCGACAUCCUCGAACAAUAAC